GCACUGGGGAGAGGGGUGCUUGAUAGAUAUUUUGUUCAUCCUCGGACGUCAGAGGGAAGAGGAGGCUAUAAAAUAGAAAGUACUUGAUUUUUGAAGCGUCCUGCUGUUUCGGAAGGCUUUGGAAUGGCGCGAUUGAUACCCGUUCUGGAAGCUGCUUUCAUUUUCGUUUCGCGUUUGACAGGCAGGGUUAUUUUUUGGGAGUGGGGUGAGAAGCAGGCGAUACAAGGAGAGGAAGGGGCGGAGGGUGUGUGGUGUGUGUGUACGUGGGUGGUGGAGACGCCGUCGGUCGACGUGCGGCUUAUUCAUUCUUUAACUCAAUUCUUUUUGGGCAGCAGAUCAGUGGGUAGAGCGCUUGUUCUUGGUGUGAAUGAAGAUUUAUAACGACGUGACAAUGUUGUCCGAUGUCCUAGGAAGGAUCGGGCAACACCUACUCAUUUGUGUGUGUGCGUGUGUGUGACGAUCGUGUGCGAUCGCGCGGCUUUUCUUGGGAUUGUCGGAUACGGUUCGGCGGCGACGUAGGCGAAGUCGGUCGGCGGCAGUAACGAGGCCGGGAGGGGACCACCUCCCUCUCUGUGGUUUGGGGCUGUCUUUUUCGUACGGCGCGCAGUUGUAUAGCAUGUUUUCACAUGGCAGGACUCCGAAGCAACGAAGUUGGGUCGGUCCUCGAUGUCUGGGUAUAUGCCGCGUGUUCUCGUCGGCCGGCGCUCUUUCGCUGUGUGCGAGAUUGGUGACAGCCUUGCGGUGGCGGCGGAGUCGAGAUGAGCACUGCAGAUUGUUUUGCUCUAUGGUGGCAAGAGAGCCUUUCAGUUGUCUGAAGGGCGUUAGUAGUUGUGACGACUAUGGAAAAGACCGCAGCCUCGAGCGUAUGAUGCUUCUUGUGGUGUAGUUUAUGUUCUUACGAGUAGAAGUUCGUGUAUGUAUGUGGUCGGGAGGCCAGGUAGAUCCAUCGUACCCGCCGGACUUGUUGCUCGCACCUUUGUGAUUUCUCAGGUGAUAAUCAGUGUGUUUUUGUAUGUGUGCUUGUUGCAAGAUUAUGGUGGUAAGCGAACUAGUGUAUGUAGCGCGAGCGUGAAUGCUUGGCAGCGUGUGCGCCGCCGUUGAUGCGCGACAUCGGAGAGCUUUUUGGGUGGCUCAUUUUUUUGACGCGGAAGGCGGGCGCGGUCUGUCUCUCUGUUGGGAAGGAAUUGGCUUACGCCGUGUCCGCCGAAGUGUAGGGGAGGCGGCGUGCAUUCUCGCGCCGUCGAUGGGUGGGUUGGUCAAGUGCGAGAGGUUUUCAUUAUGCAGGCAAGCAGGCUUUUAGAGUGAAGGCGUGUGUUUUGGAGUUGGCUUAUGACGAACAGUAAGCACAUUUGUCCAUUAUAUAGUGCAUGAUUCCAAAUUGGGGGAAUUAGGGUGUGUGUGCCGAUGCCUGAGGGUAUAACGACGAUGGGAGGAGUGAGAGAGAGUGCGGAGGGUGGGUGGUUGGUUAUCUAUCUCUGACCGCCCUCUCUUCGAGGUGCUAGGUCUCGCGGUAUUCGACCAGCCGUCCUUCCCCCCCGAUGUAAUCAAGAGAGACCGAACCGGAGGUGGACAGCCCCUGUCCCGCAGACCCACAGCAUCGGAGCGUCGAAGAUCGCCUCUUGGAUCGCGGUCCGCGGAAGCCUUGAAGCCUUGGUUGGGAGAAUGUCUGAAGAGAGUCGGAAAUGGAGAGGCAUACGGGGUGGAGUCGAGGGGUGGGUGAGCGCGAUCGGGAUCCCUUGUCUUCUGAGCCGCCAUCAACGGUAGCGACAGGCGGUAUGCGUCGUGGUCGAUUUACGACGGCAGGGUAAGCUGACGCUGUGCGGCAGGGUGAGCGGACGGUGUGCGGCGCUGCGCGAGCUAGGAAGACGGAGAGGAAGGCGGAGAGGAGGGGAAGUGGGAGCAGGGGGGGGUGAGGUGUGUUUGGGCGGGAAGCCCUCUCUUGAGAGGGAGGGGAGUCUCCAUCUGCAUGACGCUAGAUGGUGGGUGAACUAUGAGGGAGACGCGCGUCGUGCCUGCGUAAGUUAAGAGCGCGCAUAUCGGUGAAGAAAUGGGGCGGAUGGUGGUAGAUUUCGUUUCUGUGGGGGCAACGUUCUGUGGAGAUAAACGGGGCGGCAGACCUCGAGAAAAGCGGGGGCGGGAGGGGGCGGAAAAGGGGAAGGGGAAGGGGAAGGGGAGUGUGCGGGGCCCGACGAAAGCGGCGCCGACCUUUGUGUGUACAACAUUCAACAACUGCCAUUAUUUCUUGAUUGUAAUUUUUCCCUAUCUAAAUGUAUAUACAGCUUUCGAUGAAUUUGUCGAAUUCUUGUCCUCACCAGUGUGAGGUGGUGGUGGAGCAAAUAUGUCGUUUGUGUUGAGGGAGGGAGGGAGAGUGACGGCGUGUGUGGAUUAACGACCGUGCAGGCGUAGGUAGCUUAUUGAAUCGAAUGUGUCCCAGAUUCAGCGGGAAGCAAUUAGUGGGGGUUUUGGGGGGUGACCGAUAAUGAUGAUGUUUAGUUUCUUUGCUCGUUCAUCGUACGGGCUUUUUCAGAUACGGCAUUGGGGAAUUCAAGAGUUUUUAGUGAAAGAGAUAGACACAGGGAGAGACAGAGACAGAGAGAGAGACGGAGAUGGUGGUGAUGAAAAUCUUUCUUUGAUGUUUGGUAAAUAUGUAAGUCAUUGAUUGACCAAAAUUGUGAUCUUGUUUUCAGUGUAAUGAAUCUCCCCCCCGACG